CCCAGAGCUCGCCCCCUGCUGCAGCGAACGCGUUCCAACGAGGCGGCUCCACCUCCUGGGCUUCUCAGCCAGGAAGGAAGAGGGGACAGGCGAGCAAAGGGACCUUCCUGUUCCCAGCUCCUCGAGCCCGCCCCCCCGCGCCCCUGGGCUCGGCGGCGGGCUCCCUGGGCCCCAGGGGCCGGAUCGGGCUCCCCUGGAGUGGGGAAAAUCGUUCCCCCCUCCCCGCUCCCCCGCGCUGGUCGGCGUUGGCCUAUGGACGACCCCCGGAGCCAUGGAGCCCUCCCUGCAGCGCUGGGAGGCGGUGAGCGUCAAGGUGGAGGGAGAAGAGCCCAUUGCCACCGGGGAAGCCCAGCAGGGGGUGCUGGCUCUGAGCCCCUGCCCCGAGGCUGCAUGCCCACUGGGCUGGGCUCUGAAAGAGGAGCCGGAGUUCCAGCAGGGAAUGGGUGAUGGUGAAAGCCUGGGAUGGGAUCCGGCGCAGAAAGAUCUGGAGAAGGCUGAACUGCACCAGCUCUUAUCGAUAGCGGACGUCCCCCAAGUAGAGCUGGGUGAGGUGCUGUCUGGAGGACCUGAAGAAACCGUUCCCCAAGCGGAUCUGCUUCGGACGGUCUCUGGAGGGUCUGAAAGAGACGUUCCCCAACUGGAUCUGUGUGAGAUGUUCCCUGGAGGAUCCGAAGGAGAUGUUCCCCAUAUCAACCUGUGUGGGAUACCCUCAAGAGGCUCUGCAGGAGAGGUUCCCCAGGUGGAUCUGCAUGGGAUGCCCUCAGGAGGAGCCGAAGAGGACGUUCCCCAAGCGGAUCUGCGGGGGUCGUUCUCUGGAGGGUGGGAAGGGGUGGACAUGCAGCCGCGGCGGGACCCUCCAGGGAGGAGCCAGGAGAAGCCAGCCCAGCAUGGCAGCCUCCCUGCACCGGCCCCGGAGAAACCUUACAAGUGCUCGGUGUGCGAUAAAAGCUUUGGGCAGAGCUCCCACCUCAUCCAGCACCAGGUGUCGCACACGGGCGAAAAGCCUUACAAAUGUCCCGAGUGCGGCAAAGGCUUCACCUGGAGCUCAGCCCUGGCCCAGCACCGGCGCAUCCACCGCGGCGAGAGACCUUUCGUCUGCCCGGACUGCGGCAAGAGCUUCAGCCAGAGCUCCAACCUGAGCACCCACCAGCGCACCCACACGGGCGAGAAGCCGUUCGUCUGCCCAGACUGCGGGCGCGGCUUCAGCCAGAACUCCAACCUGGCGGCCCACCGGCGCACCCACACCGGCGAACGCCACUACCGCUGCUACGACUGCGGGCGGGGCUUCUUGGAGCGGGCGGCGCUGGCCGAGCACCAGCAGGGCCAUGCCGGGCAUCGGCCCUACACCUGCGGGCAGUGCGGCAAAGCCUUCGGGCAGAGCACCAAGCUGGCCCAGCACCAGCGCAUCCACACCGGCGAGCGGCCCUUCCGGUGCGAGGAGUGCGGCAAAGGCUUCAACGAUGGCUCCUACCUGGUCAAGCACCGGCGGGUCCACACCGGCGAAAAGCGUUACCGCUGCCCAGUGUGUGGCAAAACCUUCAGCCAGACCUCCAACCUCAUCACCCACCAGACCACCCAUACCGGUGAAAAGCCCUUCCGGUGUGGGGACUGCGGGCGUAGCUUCAUCCGCCAGGCUCACCUGGCUGCCCACCGGCGCACUCACACUGGCGAGCGGCCGUACCAGUGUGCCCAGUGUGGGAGGUGCUUCUCCCAGCGCUCCACCUAUGCCCAGCACCGGCGCACCCACACCGGCGAGCGGCCUUACCGCUGCCCCGACUGCGGCCGGGGAUUCAGCCAGAACUCCAACCUGGCGGCUCACCGGCGCAUCCACACCGGCGAACGGCCCUACCAGUGUGGCCAGUGCGGCCGGUGUUUCGUCCAGAGCUCUGCCUUCACCCAGCACCAGAAGACCCACAAGAAGGGACGGGACUAGGGAGGGAUGCGGGGGACUGGCCUGCAGGAGGUCGCUCCCUCUGGGGAAGCUCUGGCUCAUAGGAAGCUGUGCCGCUAGGCAGGUCUUGCUCACAGGAAGUCGCCCCACUAGGACACGGUCUGGCUUAUAGGAAGUCGAUCCAUCUAGCGAGCCUCACUCCCAGGAAGUUGUCCCAUUCGGUAGGGCAUCACUGACAGGAAGUCACCCCCUCUAGCAUGGGUCUUGCCCACAGGAAGUUGCACCCCUGAGGUGGGAUCAUUUUCAGGAAGUCACCCCCACAUCCAGGUCUCUCUGACAAGAAGUUGCACCCCUGUAGGGUGGGUCUUGCUCACAGGAAAUCACACACCCCCUGUGUAUCUUGCUCACAGGAAGUCACCCCCUGUAGGGUUAGCCUGUAGCUAACUUGCCAUGUGGUCGGAUGAGAUCCACGAAAAUGCCUCGUUAUAUUAACGAGGUCUCGGGUCUAAUGAACCUCUUUAGUGGGGAAUGCGGACUUCUAGAGAAUUUCUUCUUGAACAGUAUAGAUGGAGAUUGUGCGUGUUCUUGUUCCCCUCUCAUGGCUGGUCCACAAAAUAGGAUACAAGCCUGUUACAGCUGCUGGUGGAUGGAGUUAACUUGUUUAGUUUGUGAAGUAAAGGACUGUGCUUUUAUCACUGGAAGACCCAAUGUUCGAACCCCGCUGAUGACCCAAAAUGGUCAUUCUACAGUUGUGCCAUAUUAAUGUGCUCAAUGGCUGUGAGAGCGUCCUUCCUCGGCUUCAGAGGAAAGAGAUCCCUUUGAACAGACAAAGAUGCCAUUGGUGGGUUCUUCCAUAGGUCACACCGCAACUCCAUGGUGAGCCGUCUUCAGGUCUUGUCUAGCCACUCUUCUCGUCUUUGACUCUAUGGUUGGCUGGAGGACUGGACCUUAUAGCCUCACCAAUACUAUAAGAAAUAGUUGGUUUCUAGAUACUGUGAAGAGAAACUUAACUAAGAGGAGAAAUUAGGGUCGUGGUUGAUAUUACAAAGGGCUAACGAAUGACCUGUGCACGUUAUAAGGAUGUUACUGACAUGAGCACCACAAGUUGUAGAUGGUUAUAAGCCACGGUUAUUGGCCUGUCAGGACUGUAUAACAAUCAAUGAGCUACUGAUCUAAACAGAGAUCCGAUCGUUUAUUAAUAAAUGGAACCUUUAUUAUGAA